AUGGCUCGGAUGCCAGGGCUGCUCGUGGCUUUCCUUGGCGCUGCCAUCGCAGUCAUCAGCAUGAUGCCACGUGGCAGGGAUGCUUGUUGGCGUGCGUCAGUGGCAGAGGAUCUUCCAUGCGACACCAACAGUGACCAAGAGAACCACGCUCUCAUGCUGCCCUCUCCUUCCCUCGCUCAUCUCAAUGACACUGCCACGUCUCAGAAUGCCACAUGCGGGUCUCCUACACAUGCCCACUCAGUUGCCACCUCUUCUCACCCUGCCGCUACUCUCAACAUGCCUCCUCAGUGCCGCCAAGUCCUGAGCAUGGGUGCAUCAGCAGGGCUUGGCUGUGACGGCUGGGCUGAUGAACCUGAAGAGUGCAACCAAGUGCCUCCUGGUAUGCCAUGCGCUCUGCCCUCCACACCUGCAGCGCAGCCCUGCCUUUUGACCCCUUCCCUUUUUAUGCUUUCCCUAUUUUCCGUGCAUCUGCGCAUUCCUCUCCCGUCUCGCCGCCUUCUCUCAUCACCACUCAUCCCGCCUUCCCUUCCCUGCCGUCGCAUGCUGCAGUCGCGUGAAGCCUCCCCUCUGCUGCAUAGCCUCAUGGCGCAUAUCGCUUCCGGGAUGAUGGGAGUGGGUGAGGCUGUUGCGACUGCCAUCGUGGGUAUGGCCGGAACACUUGAGUGGAAAGAGGCGAUGGAGCUGAAGAUGAGUAUGCUUGGAGGGCAGAUGGAAGAGACAAGGAGGGAGUUGGCAUCAACCAAGGGAGAGUUGGAGGAGGCCGAGAGGAGGCGAGUGGCGGAGAUGAGGACGAUGAAGGAACACCAGGAUGCUGUGAUGCAGUUGAGGGUUGAGGAGGCAAUUGGGAAGUGUGACGGCGAUGAGAAGAAGGCGUGGCAGCUGACUGCCCUCACUCAGCUGAUAUGCCUGGGGCUGCCAGAAGGAGGGCAAGUUUUCAGUGUGGAUCUGCGCAAGCGGAUUGGCAUGUAG